UUUUAAUGAUUUCUUGGAAAAUCAAACCUUUCAUCAAUUCCUCUCAUCAAACUCUCUUACUUUCUAAUGUAUUACAUGCAUUUAUUAUUAUUAUGAAAUUUAACUGUAAAACUACUCCAUUUUGAUUAGCUUGAUGGGUGUGACAGUCAUUAGAUUCAAUGCUUUGCCAUGUGGGCUGAGAUAAAUGAAUCCUCUUUGGGUGUAAAGGAGAGAUUGAAGACAGCUGCACAGAUAUGGUCUUCUUUAGAGGCUGGAAAAGAUAAAGGGAAACGUGUUGGGCUAGUCCAAUGGAGCAUUGACCUGUUGAUCAGUCUUUAUGGAGGAAAAAACAAAAAAUCUAAGAAGAUUGAAAUAAAGAGGAGAGAUCUCUGUAGAUGCUGGUCAUUCCUUGUUGACUGUUUGAAAGAUAUUAGAGAUGAAGAACGAGAAUGGAUAACGUUUACACCCCUUUUCAUUGAAAUAUUAUCUGUUGCUAUUAAAGAAGGCAUGGAAGAUGAAGAAGCAAAGAAUAUCAUUUUUAAAUGUGUAGAGGCUAUAUUUCUAUGGAGACCAGUUCCAGCUGUAAUCAUGAGACAUGACUUGAUGUUGCCACUAGUUAUUGCAUUGUUAUGUGACGUCCAGUUUUGUUAUAAUAAUGUUGAGCUGAUCAACAUUGCUUUGAAGCACCAGUCCUACUUGCAACGUAUCCAUAGCAAUCCAAGAAAGGUCUAUUCCAGUAUUUGCAAUAAUUUGUCUUCUUUUUUGUCUUUGGUCCAUCAACAAGACAAAACCUUUCGAUCAUCAAUUGAAGAUAUUUUAGGAUAUUUAUUUACAAGUGAUUUUUUACCCGAAUAUGGUUCAGUACUUGCACUUGAAGCCACACCUACUUUGGGCUUGGCCACACCCACCAGUUUUGUUAAUCAAAUGUUUGAUACUUUGAGUCAAAUAUCCGAACACUCUUCGUCUUUAAUUGUGAAUGGGGCGUUACCUUUUAUGUUUGAAAUAUUACUCAAACAGAACAAGGUAACUGGUAGAAAGUUACAUAAAGAAAAGGAGUUUCUUUUCUUUUUGAAACUUCUCCAAACACUGGGAGUUCACAUCACCAUGGCAAUGGUUUCCAAGGAAAUGAAGGAGGAAGGAGAGAGAGAGGAAGAGGAGACAGGAGAAGAGAACAAAGGAGAGGAAGAUAUGACUGUGGUUGAUAAUUAUAUCGAGAGUAAAAGUCAUUUGAGAUCAAUAAAUCAAGUUUCAUUGAUGAUGGAAUCAGUGAUUGGUUCUGAGUCUGAUCCUGUGUUAGAUAAUAUCGGAAAAUUAUUGUCACUGCUUAAAGAGUAUGGUGUAUACCAGAUCACUGAAGAUAAAGAUGAUGGACAAUUCCAAAAGCUUCAACUACUUUCAAACAUCAUUUCAAUGAAAACUACACUCAAUAACAUUGACACUGUUUUUAUGUGCCUUGAAUCAAUGUUGAGACUCAAUCAUUUACUGAUAGAGCCGCUACUCCCUGAUAUCUGGUCACUGCUACUUACACUACCGAAGGAGCUCGUGGAAAAUGGAAAAUUUAUUGCCAAUUUUUCUGACACUGUUGCAUCGUUUUAUGGUAAAUUACGUCAGAUACCAUUAUUUCUUAGUUGUGUUCUUGGGUCUAUCAAAGUAUCACAAGAGGCAGUAAAGCAAUUAGGAAUUAAACCGUUAUUUUAUCAAUCCACAGAGAAAAUAUUAUCAAUGCUAUUGAGAAUUUUACCUGUUGCACAAUCCCUUGAGAUAUUUGAUAGCUUCCUCAAGCAUUUCAAAGAGAUUCAAUUACCACUGGUAGAUCAAAUAACCGCUACCAAAAGAUCAUCAGCCAAGAAGAGAAGGAGAGAAAGCAAUAGCUCAAGCUUAAUAGCUCCACAUGCCUCCUCCUCCUCUGUACUCUCUGGCCUCCUUAUGUCUAUGGAUGCUUUCUCUUUAUUCAUCAGUAAUAUCCCACUGGACCUCUUUUGUAAAGGGAGACAGCACGAAGGGAUGAGAGAGAAACUGACAGGUAUUGUCAAUGAAGUGUAUACUCCAUUGCUUCUUGCAACACUCCAGAAUGCUGAUUUCUUGUUCCCGGCUGUUUUAUAUUUUCAAUUAAUCCAAACAAAAUACUAUCACUCAGUCUCUACCAUUGAAAGAGGAGCUGAGAGUAUUAAAAGGAUGAAUCAUUCCUCAGUACAGUUGAGCUGGUCACCUACUAAUGAUCUGUGUCUUCUUUAUAAUGGAGAAGCUUUACCAAUGCCAUCCACUCUAUUGCCUAUCUCUGAAUAUUUAAUGAGGUGCUUGUGUGUAUUGGAGCUGAGAUUUACAAAAGAGACAAGCCUACAAAUUGAAGGAACAUUAAACCACUUGCUCUCAGUUCCUCUCUCAUCCACUUCAUCUCUCACUAACUGGAAUGGACAGAUCCUGAGUAUUAAUGCUGCUAAUGUCACUGCUGCAGUUCAUCUGUUGUUGUUUAAAAAUUUACCAUUUCUUUAUUCUAUGAUGGAGUCCUGCCCUUCUUCAUCUCCCUUUGAUCAACUAGCUACCAUUAUUCACAAAUCCUUGAUUCAAUGCACUGAUCCUGAUCCUGAUACUGAUACUGAUUCUGAUUCUGAUUCUAAUGAGGUGUGCAGGGUGAUACAGGAGCUGCUAUUAUCAGACUCUUAUAGUCAAAUGAAGUCAUUACAUGUUUCAUUGGUCAAGUGUGUCAGUGGUCACAUGUAUUCACUCUGGCCUAAGAAGUAUUCUAAAGUCAUAAAGAAUAUUUUGUCGUGCGAUGACGAAGUGAAUUCUCCUCCUAUUCAGUGUCUCAUUAGUGAUGAUGAGAGAAUUAUUAAGAAACUGGAGACUUUUAUUCAACACUUGACUCCAUCGCUAAUGAUCAUGGAGUCGGUCCCACUCUCUUUUUCACAAGAAAAUGACAUUUUUAUUGUUAAAGUAUUAACUAUCCUGAUACACUGGUCCAUGACAGCUUUAGUUCUUGUUAAUUCCAGUAUUAUUCUCAAUCAUCAAGAACCAGUAGUUCAUUUAUUAUUACUCCUAGCUAGAACUAGUGAAGUAACAUUAUUGAAUAGAAAAAAGGAGAAGAGAAAGUCCUACGAUCAUAAAAACCACAGGAGGGACUGGGGCUCUGCCUGUAAGUGGUUUAAAGAGCUCUUGACUGAACUGGAAGAGAAAGAUGAAGAGCUAUCACAAAAAUCUUGUGAUCUAAAAUCGGCAGUAUUGUUUAGCAUGGAGAUGCUGUUAAAGCUCGAACUUUUAACUAACCCAGUUUCAGAUGAAAAGAAAAAGAGACAAGACACUCCAACAGUUAAUGGUGAAUGUAUAACUUAUUGGAAUUCAAUAGAAGAACAAGUUAUUACUAACGUGUCACCAAAUGGUCCCAUCCCUCAAUCCUCUCCUCUCUCAUUACUGUCAGUUCUCUCUACUGAUGAAUCAUUCAUUUUCUUACUAGCCUCACAGUCCAGUAUCCUUGAACUAUUAUCCACUGAGACUCCAAUGGAGGAGCAACUUAUAGGGCUCUUACUGUCUGAGAAAGAUGGAGGGAGGGGUAGUAUUAGUCAUUACAAUGCAUUAUGCAGAGUACAAUUAUCAUUGAAGGCUUUGAUGGAUGAUACUGAUGCUAUGGAUCAAGUGUUGGAGUCUUCUUUCAUUCAGUCUCCUACUGAUUUUGAUGGUCAGUUGUGUUUUUGUCUCUUGUGGCUAAUGUUCUUAAAGUUGUCUUCGUCCAUCUCCCAUGAAAAGAGAGUUCUAACCCGCCAUUGGCUGGGAAAGGUAGUCACAAAGUGUGUCCACAUAUUAAUUUCUCAACAGUCAUUCCUUGUCACUAAUAAAAGGAACGCAUUAAUUAAACUCUCAGUUCAAUUAUUAACUCAAUUAGCUUCACUGCCACGUCAAGUUGGAUUGGAUGCUCAGAUGCUCCAUGUGCUAUAUCAUGGUUUAUCAAUAAUUAAUGAGUCAUGUAUUAAAGAUUGUAGUGUCUUGCUAGCUACAGAGAGUCUCAUACUGGUACUGGUUCAAACUCAUUCCCAAACUCUCAGUCUCAGUCCACUCAUGACAGUCAUCUUCAAGUUUAUUUGCGUGAUUGUGUCCCUUUCUCAAGAAUUGACAGCCGUUGGCUCAACUGUCAAUGAUGGCAUUAAACUAUGCAUCUCAACAUUAAACAAUUUAAUGGAAUUGUUUUGCAGACAGGAAUGGUUUGCUAAGUUUGCUGUACAUUGUGUUGCUCAAUAUAUUACCAACAUUAAACUCUCUCCUAUACAACCAGAAAUUAAAGGGCUGUUGUUAAAUGGUGUGUUUUAUUUGAUCAAGAUUUUAAGCUCUGCUGAUAUUUCUUUUCUAAAGAAUUCAGUUAAUGAUGAGACAUGCUCUUUCUUUCAGGAACUUCUCCAACAGCACAAGAAAUUUAACCGUUUUAAGGGGAAAAUAUAAGAAAAUUAAUAAAAUUUUUGAAGUGAUAUUAUACUCACAAAAGAAGCAAAUCAA